CUUCUUGCGACGAAGCUGGUUGGCGGCGCUGUUUCCUGGUGCUCGAACCGAGGGGCCGAGGCCCAUGGGCAGUCAGGAGGUACUGGGCCAAGCGGCCCGGCUAGCCUCCUCCGGGCUCCUCCUACAGGUGCUGUUUCGGUUGAUCACCUUUGUCUUGAACGCCUUUAUUCUUCGCUUCCUCUCCAAGGAAAUCAUUGGCAUAGUAAAUGUAAGGCUAACACUGCUUUACUCAACCACGCUCUUCCUGGCCAGAGAGGCCUUCCGCAGAGCCUGUCUUAGUGGGGGCACCCAGCGAGACUGGAGCCAGACCCUCAACCUUCUGUGGCUAACAGUCCCCCUGGGUGUGUUUUGGUCCUUGUUCCUGGGCUGGGUCUGGUUGCAGUUGCUUGAGGUGCCUGACCCUGAUGUCGUCCCCCACUAUGGAACUGGAGUGGUGCUGUUUGCUCUCUCGGCAGUGGUGGAACUUCUGGGAGAGCCCUUCUGGGUGUUGGCCCAAGCACAUAUGUUUGUUAAGCUCAAGGUGAUUGCUGAGAGCCUGUCCGUAGUCCUCAGGAGCGUGCUGACAGCUUGUCUCGUGCUGUGGUUACCUCACUGGGGACUGCACAUUUUCUCUUUGGCCCAGCUCUUCUACACUGCAGUUCUGGUGCUCUGCUAUGUUGUUUAUUUCACAAAGUUACUGCUUUCCCCAGGAUCCACCAAGCCACAGAUUCUCCCUGUCUCCAGAAUAAGGGAUCUGUUGCCCAGCCUUACCAGAACUGGAGCUUUUGUAAAUUGGAAAGAGGCUAAAUUGACCUGGAGUUUUUUCAAGCAGUCCUUCUUGAAACAGAUUUUGACUGAAGGUGAGCGAUAUGUGAUGACAUUUUUGAACGUAUUAAAUUUUGGCGAUCAGGGUGUCUACGAUAUAGUGAAUAAUCUUGGGUCCCUUGUGGCCAGAUUAAUUUUCCAGCCAAUAGAGGAGAGUUUUUAUAUAUUCUUUGCUAAGGUGCUGGAGCGGGAAAAGGAUGCCGCACUUCAGAAGCAGGAGGACAUUGCCGUGGCCGCUGUGGUUUUAGAGGCCCUGCUCAAGCUGGCCCUGCUGACCGGCCUGACCAUCACUGUUUUUGGCUUUGCAUAUUCUCAGCUGGCUCUGGAUAUCUACGGAGGGACCAUGCUUAGCUCAGGAUCAGGUCCUGUUUUGCUGCGCUCCUAUUGUCUCUACGUCCUCCUGCUCGCCAUCAACGGAGUGACUGAGUGCUUCACGUUCGCAGCCAUGAGCAAAGAGGAGGUGGACAGGUACAAUUUCACGAUGCUGGCCCUGUCCUGCUCAUUCCUGGUGCUGUCUUACCUUCUGACCAGCUGGUUUGGUAGCGUGGGCUUCAUCUUGGCCAACUGUUUCAACAUGGGUAUCCGGAUCACACAGAGCCUUUGUUUCAUCCACCGCUACUACCAAAGGAGCCCGCACAGGCCCCUGGCUGGCCUGCACCUGUCGCCGCUCCUCCUUGGGGCCUUUGCCCUCAGUGGGGGGAUUACGAGCGUGUCAGAGGUGUUCCUGUGCUGUGAGCAGGGCUGGCUGGCCAGGCUGGCACACGUUGCCGUGGGCGCCUUCUGUUUGGCCGUGACCCUUGGGACAGCAUUCCUCACAGAGACAAGACUGAUCCACUUUCUUAGAACUCAGUUAGGCCUGUCCAGACUCUCUGACAAAUGGACUUGACCUCAGGGUUGCUUGGUCACCUGUGGCCCCGGGGCCAGCUGUGGGACAGUCCUGCGGGCAGAGCCUGUCUGGUGAGCAGAAGCCCGCUGUUGGUCUGUAGCGGAAGUCAGAGUCGCCCGGGUGGCGAGACAUGUGAGAGCCGCUGGUGGCCACCACAGUCCCUCCAGACUGACACGCAGGUGAGGGGUCUCAGUUUUAAGUGAAAACCUUUUAAACUAGAUGCUUUUUCUGGGAUCUUGUUCUGAUCAGCAUUUUUCUUCUGUAGUAACUUAUGACUUCAUGAAUUUAUUUUGGGUGUGAUUGCCCUCUGGCGCAUGCGCUCCAGAGCUGUGUGUUCAGUGUUGGGAGUUAACCCUCUGGCCCAGAAGCAGAGACAUGGCUGCAGUGCCCUCCACAGGCUGGAUCUUCUGUGAAAGGAGACUGGUGUUAGGCAGGAGCAGAGUCUGGCUGCAGCCGGGGCUCCCUGUGUCAGCGCUAUGGUCCAAGUCUUGUUGCUUUUGUUUUUUGUUUGUUUGUUUGUUUGUUUGUUUAAAGAACUGGUAGUCAGUUUAUUAAAACAGGUGUUUGGCCUAGGCACCUGCAGUGGUGACUUCAGUGCCUACUCCUGGCUCCAUGUGAUGGAAGUAAUCUCAGAAGGACUGUGCAAGUCAGUGAGCUGCUUAUGGGUUCUCAUCUGGAGCCCAUCGCACGUCUUAGAAACUUCACCACAAAGGGUUUUUCUUUUGGUGAUUUGCAGUGUCUUGGAAGGCAUCCAGAUUGGUCUUUGCACUUCCAGAUUUUUCUCCUUUGCUCCUCUGAUCAAGCCAGCACACACCUUCUCAAGGGCCUUGGCAUCCUGGCUGGUCAGGGUGAUCCUAAUUGGUGAACGGCCACCUCUGGUUCCACGGGCGUCUUUCCAGUGACUUUAAAAGCCAUGGCUGCGGCGCGGCUUCCUGACCGACUUUUUCCUCAGCAAGAGCAAACAGUGAGGGUGAGGAGCAGGAACGGGCAAACACGUUCCACGCCAGUGCUGCUGAGUCUUCCUCAGAAAGCUUGUGUUAUUUUUUUAAAGAUUUAUUUAUUUUUAUUUGAAAGGCAUAGUCGCAGAGAGAGAGAGGGACAGAGAGAGAACUUCCAUCUACUAGUUCACUCUUGAGAUGGUACAAUGGCCAGGGCUGGGUCAGGCCUAAGCCUCAGGAGCCAGGAGCUCCAUUCAGGUCUCCCACAUGGGGGCAGGGGUCCAAGCACACGGGCCAUCUUCCACUGCUUCCCCAGUGCAUUAUCAGGGAGAUGGAUCAGAAGUGGAGCAGGCAGGAGUUGAACCAGUACCCAUAUGGGAUGCUGGUGUCUCAGGUGGCAACUUAACCCACUGUCACACAACACUGGCACCACCCUGAGUCUUUAGAGAAGCAGAAACAUCACCCAGUGAGAGACCCAAGAAAUGGAUACAGGAGGCUUCUCCAAUCCCAUUUCCCAGCAUGAGUGAGGGAGAAUCUGACCUGGUGUGGCCAGCACAUGCCCUGUCCUGAGUGGGCCCUCAGGAUUGCUGACUGAGGCUUGGAGGGACGCUGACUGAAAACUCCAGCUGUGGCCACCCCAAUACAGGCCUAGGAAGGAAUCGGAUUCAGCGGGAGCUGCUUCAUCCGUUCGCCCAGGGAGUUGGGAGAGAUGAACACUAGAGCUGAAGGCAUGUCCCUUUUUAUCCUCAGAGUAAACGGGGCAGGGUAAAACCUGUACUCACCGAGUCAAGUCCCUUCCGCUGACCCAAUUCUGGACUUCUGGCACCGUGCUGGUGAGAUCAUCAGCAUUACUCUGGGCUGGUAUUUUCUUUUUUUCAUUGAUGUUUGAACACUUUUUGCACCUAAGUGUCCUUUGGAACUGUGUACAAACUAUUUCUUGGACAUUAAUAGUCCUCUGGCCAGGUGUCCCCAAAUCUUCCAUGUUUACACCCAGUACAGACAAGUCAUGUCAUGCAUAAAACACAUGCAUUUACUGGACGGACAUUGGGCACAGUGGUUAAGAUACCACUUGAGACACACAUAUCCAAUGUCACAGUGCCUGGAUUUGAGUCUUGACAAUGCUUCCAGCCUGGCUUCCUGCUCACAUGUACCCUGGGAAGCAGCAGGUGCUGGUUCCAGAACUUGGAUCCCUGCCAUCCGGGUGGGAGACCAGCCCUGGCUAUGGCAGGCACGUGAGGAAGGAACAGGUGGAUGGAAAUCUCUCUCUCUCUCUGCUGUUCAAAUAAAAUGAAAAUAAAUGAAUGCUUUAAAAAAGCAUGAAUUUAAAUCUACUUGUCAGGAGCCCAUACUGAGGGGCCAAGGACCCAGACCCACCAGCCUACCAAGAUGGCCCCCAUCACCGUAGUAUGUUUCUGUCUGCUCAGAGGGAGAAAGUUUUGCACUAGCGGUGGGAGGGGAGGGGGAAAUAGCUGAAUACAAGAUGUUCUCAGCAAUCAGAGGCGUCCCAAAGAGCAUGGCCUCAGUUACGCUUUUGGAGGGCAGGGUCAGGCUAGCUCAGGAAGAGAGAUUGCUCCAUGGAGUACAGUGGGUGGCAGGCACACAGAAGGCAGCCCCUUCCCAUGUCUUUGCUCUGCUCUGGAGUGCACAGAAAUGGCCCUCAGCCCUCCUGAGCUCCUUCCCUGCUGUUUCUGACUUCCCCUGCCUUGAUAGCCACUACCUGCCCUGUACCUGCCUGAUACCAGACCCAAAGUACAGUAACACUAACUGCCUCAGAGCCACCUGGACUGCCCGUUAGGCCUUCAGAGGGGCAGGUCUGGGGCUCACGUAGCUGGGAUGCCAUGGAGGCUGGCCCACACGUCAUGCUCCCAUGCCUGGGACUGCAUUCUGUUCAUGAGCAGCCCUGUGACCCCCAAGAUCUUUGGGAACAGGGCCACCCAGUGUCCCACUGUGGGACUCAUUCUCUCCUCUCAUCCCAUGCUGUCUGCUCUGCAAUGUCAGGACCAGCUCCUGAUCAGAGAUGGCCAGCUGGGGCAGUGCUGGGGUCCUUGCUGCGGUCUGCUCCUGUGUACAGGAGGAGUAGCUGUGCCUGUACACACCUGGCGCCCUAGAGCCACACCUAUUACCUGUUGCCUCCAGGUGCUCGCAUACUACCUGUGGACCAGGCUCUCACUUCACUCAAGAAUUGGGAUGGAGGAAAAUUACUUUUGCCUUUAACUACUACUUUUUUUUUUUUUAUUUGACAGGUAGAGUUAUAGACAGUGAGAAAGAGAGAAAGGUCUUCCUUCUGUUGGUUCACUCCCCAAAUGGCCGCUAUGGCCGGCGCUGUGCCGAUCUGAAGCCAGGUGCUUCCUGGUCUCCCAUGCAGGUGCAGGAGUCCAAACACUUGGGCCAUCCUCCACUGCCUUCCCGGGCCACAGCAGAGAGCUGGACUAGAAGAGGAGCAACCGGGACUAGAACCUGGCACCCAUAUGGGAUGCCGUGCUGCAGGCAGAGGAUUAACCAAGUAAGCCCAGCGCCGGCCCCUUAACUGCUACUUAAAAUAUGUUGAGGCUACUUCUCCAUGGAAACAAGUCUCCAAGACACAUCCUUUUAUGAAAGGAAGAAACCUUUCAUAAAGGGGAGAGCAACGGCAUUUCUGGCUUUCCAUGCUCCUCCAGCCACACUCAGGGGGCUGUUGCUGUGCCAGCUUGAUGUUUACUCAACAGUGACCCCUAGUGGCCAUGGAGGUGCUCUCUGCUCUCCCUGAUCCCUGCCACUUCACUACCAACCCCAAGCAGGGUCCCUGCUUCCCCCUUUCUUUGUUCUUUUUCUUUAUAUGUUUUUCUUUUUUCUUUUUUUUUUCCUACAUUCUGUUUGAAAAGCAGAUAGAGAUCUUCCUCCUACUUGUUCAUUCCUCAACCACCAGGGCUGGGCCAUGCUAAAGCCAGGAGCCCAGAGCUGGAUUCAGGUCUCCCACGUGGGUAGCAGGGACCCAAGCAGCUGAGCCCUCAUCACCUGCUGCCUCCCAGGGUGAGCAUUAGCAGGAAGCUGGAAUCAGAAGCAGAGCCAGGACUGAAGCUCAGGCACCCCAGUGUGGGAUGUGGGCAUCCUGAGCGACAUAUUUAAUUUCUUUCUUAUUUAUUUUAUUUUUUUAAAAGAUUUUAUUGGCCAGUGAUGCGGCUCA